AUGAAGUGGCCAAUUGCCACGGUUUUUGAACUAUGUCCAUAUGGCUGGGUGAACUAUGGCAAUCGGUGCUUCAUAUAUGCCGCUACAAGAGUAAACUGGGCUUUGGCUGAGGAAACCUGCCAGCGUUAUGGUGGACAUUUGGUCUCAAUACACAAUGAAAAUGAAUAUCAAACUGUUAAGGCUCUCAUUCGCACUCAUGAAUAUUCGGAUAAGCCAACAUGGAUCGGCCUUUCUGGCUGUCAGCAGAAAUUUAAAUGGUUCUGGUCUGAUGCCACCACAGUGACCUUCAAGUGGAAUCACAGAGAACCAAAUAAUUUUUUUAAAGAAUGCUGUGUGCACAUCAACUUCGGAAAACAGAAGGACUGGAAUGACAUUAACUGUAAAAAGCAAUAUCCCUUUGUGUGUGCCAAAGGGAUUUACUGA